UUAUAAAGUUCAUUUCUUAAUCCUUUUCCCCCAUGCCAUCAAUCACUAAAGCCUAUGUUCUUUUUCCCCCUUGCUGCAAUCCCAAGGCUCAAAUCCCAAAAUAACUAAUUACACACAACCCACAAAAUCAAAUCAUGUUUCCGUCUUUGAGCUGCGACUCUUUCUUCUUGUCGUUGUGCCUCUGUAUUCUCUGUUUUUCCCGCCCUUGCUUUCCCGCCAGAAUCUUACCCAACUCAGUAACUGUCUUAACCGCCGCCUCCGACGUCCACAACGCCACGUGGCGCGACUUCGAGAGGUUCCUGGAUGCCGGGAGAGGGAGCCAGGUCAGCGGCAUGUCGGAGCUCAAGAACUACUUCCACCGGUUUGGCUACUUGCCCAAUUCCAACUUCACUGAUAUCUUCGACACCGAUUUCGAAUCGGCCCUGACGCUCUAUCAGUCCAAGCUGAGCCUGCCAGUUACGGGAAGGCUCGACUCAGACACUAUCUCGGCCAUCAUUUCACCGAGAUGUGGCGUUAGCGACGCGUCGCAGCAGACUGCUCUUCAUAGCGACGCGUCGCAGCAGACUGCUCUUCAUGCGACGCGUCACUUUGCCUUCUUCAAUGGAAAGCCCAGGUGGGUCCGCCGCAACCCGGUGACGCUCUCUUAUGCUCUCUCCCCCAACAAUAUGAUCAGCUACUUGAGCUCCUCGGACGUCCAAGACAUCUUUCGCCGUUCUUUUUCUCGGUGGUCUGCGGUGAUCCCCGUGAACUUCACUGAGGCGGAGACCUACGAGUCGGCAGAUAUAAAAAUCGGGUUCUACCGGGGCGACCACGGUGAUGGGGAGCCGUUCGACGGGGUGCUGGGGGUGCUGGCGCACGCUUUCUCCCCAGAGAACGGGAGGUUCCACCUGGACGCUGCGGAAUCCUGGGCCGUUGAUUUCAAAAAGGACAAGUCGAAGGCGGCCGUUGAUUUGGAGUCGGUCGCGACCCAUGAGAUCGGGCAUGUACUUGGGCUGGCUCACUCCUCGGUCAAGGGGGCUGUGAUGUACCCGAGUUUGACUCCGAGGACCAAGAAGGUGGACCUCCGGAUUGAUGACGUGGAAGGCGUCCAAGCUUUGUAUGGGUCAAACCCAAAUUUCAAGAUUAGCUCCUUGCAGAGUGAAAAUUCUUACAACCAUGCAGUUGCUUUGGACACCAGGUCAUCUUUUAAGUGGGCAAUUUCUUUAACACUUCUCAUCACUUUGAUGUUGCGUUUGGCCACAUGAAUUGGUAGCUA